UGUAGAUUCCCCCCCUAGCCCCGACUAGGCUGCACAGGUCAUUUGCUGUGCUGCUGCUGAUGCUGCUGAUGCUGUUGCCGUGCUUCUGCUUUAUGCUCUCGCAGGCAAGCGCGUUUGUUCCAUCUUGUAGGCCGUUUGCCCCAGCUCUGCAGCCUCUCCUCUCAUCAAGCAGCAGCGGCAGAGCGCUAUCUGCGUUGCAGCAGACAGGCAGAGGCCAGCUGAGUGUCGCCGACCCGAAGGAUGAGCCAUCGACAGGCGCUGCAAGAGAGCAGGUAUGGACAUUGAGGCGCACGAAUGAGAGAUCUGACGUGCUUCUGCACUCCGAUCUUGCCUCGUGUGUGUAUGUGCAGGCCAUCGAUUUGUUGCGUUCAGUGACACAACGCCUUGAACUGUCAUCGGACGACGAUGCGCUGCGGUUGCUGAGUCAAAUGGAGAAGUAUGGCAUCACGGAGCGGCUGGAGGCUCUGUACAACCAGACAGCUGGCGUGGAGCGGGGAGCCCCUGCAACGGCAGCAGCGGAGGAAGAGGAGGGCACCCUGCUGACGUCACUUUCCGACGCUCUCGGCCGGGGCCUCUCAGCGCCGGCCAGAGUGCGGGACGUGCUCAAGAGUGAGCUGACCGAGUUCGACAUUCGCGUGGUCGUCCCUGCCUUCGCUGCGGCAUCCCUCGUGGUGCUGGCCUUCCUCACGUCGUUUGCCCUGCUGCUGGGGUCGUCGCUGUCGACCUUCUUCGUCAUCCUGAAGGCCGACAUCCUGGGGCUGCUGGCCGACUACGACACGCUGCUGACCGACUACCCACUGGAGACGAAAAUCAUCACCACAGUGCUCUUCUUCGCGCUGGGAGGUGAGGUGGGCAGGACGGGCGGGGCGGAGGUGCAAAUGGGUCCUCACUGAUCGAUCACUUUCAUGUUUCUGACGUCUGGUGUGGUGUUAUCGAUCAGAUGUCAUCGCACAGCUUGUGGAGCAGAGCGACCGCAGGGCUCAGGUUGAGUCGGCCACUCCAUUCAUGCCCCUGCCAUCACAGUACCAGCAGGCUGACAGCAGCAACCCGCUGCUAUCGUCCUGGAUGGCCGAGUCGGCCAAGGCCCAGGCUGAGAUCAACUCAAAGGCGGCGGCCAUCGGCCGGAAGGCCAAGGCCUGGGGGCAGUCCGUCAGCUCCCUUGACAUGGAGAGGACUUUUAGGAUGGGCGCCUGGGGCUUCUUUAGUGGACCCGUUGGGGACGCAUGGUACCAGGUGAGAGAGUCGCUGGCCUGGGUGGUGGGAGAACUGACUGGCAUUGGUGCUGUCUGUUGUGCGUUGGUUGGGUGUGUGUGUCAGUGGUUGGAUGGUGCAGUGUCUACGAGGCUGAGCAGCUAUGCGCCGGUGGAGAGGCUGUUUGCCAAGGUAGCGGCCGAUCAGCUCUUGUGGGUGCCCAUCCAGCACGCCAUCUUCCUCGCGGUGCGUGUGACAAUGACAACACAGAUGCCUCUCUUUGACCACACAUGCUCAGCUCAAGUGUUCCUGUGUCCCUAUGCUGCUCAGUUGGUGACGUCGCUGGAGGUCAAGCGAUUGGACUUCGAUGCAAUCAAGAAGGUGAGUGACACACUGACUUAAGUGCGGCAGCGAUGCCUGUGACAUGGGUGGCUGGGAGCCACGGACGGACCGGUCUGUCGUCGUUUGUGUGAUUCAGGCGAUUCGGUUGAAGUGGACGAAGAUUCUGCUGGCUGGUUACCGCCUGUGGCCCUUCGUCCAGCUGCUUAACUUUUACUUAGUGCCUGUGCAGUACCGAAUCAUCCUGGUCCGUGACACGACCCACAUGCAGACAUACACAUGACGCCGGACCGACACUGUUGCGCCUGUCCUGUGCUGCGAGCAGACUGAUGUGGUCACCAUCUUCUGGGCAAGUAUCAAAUCAAGGUGACAACGGCGUCAGUCACUGGGAGCAACACCAUGCACACAUACUGACUGCUCGGGUGUCUUUCCUUUCUACAUCAGGCUGACCAACACGCAGGGCAAGACCGAAACGACACCAUCGGCAGAGAACCAGCCAGCCGAUGCCGAGUCAUCGCCAGCAGCAGCGCCAACCGACGAUGCUGCCAGCGACACAGCAGAGCGCACGAAGGACACCAAGAAAGGGAGCGAAUCUCCACCACGAAAGGGUGGCGUGCUCAAGCAGUGGACCGAGGAACCAUCAAGAUGAUGGUUGGCGUGCUGGUGCCCAAUUGACGCGUAUGCGGCGAGGGGGAGGAGAGGGAGGGGUGCGAGUCGAGUGUGGCAUUUCUUGACGCUGACCGGCUCCUGGCUGGCCGGCUGAUGUGUAUUAAUACUUACCUACUGGUGCGAUGGGGCACCAUCCAUGCCAUGCAGCUGUAGAGAGGGCGCUGGCGGGCUGGCUUGUGCGUGAGUGUUGAUUGACUGACUGGCGGGAGCAGUCGAUGCAUACAUACAUACAACUGCGAUCAAGGGCGGGGAGGCAGGGGAGGGGAGGGGAGAGGAAGUGGCGAGCGGUUCGUGUGACUGUGAUCACAAAAGAGACAGACAUUACACUGACUGACAUGCAGAUAUAUGGUCUGCCCCAAUCUUCUAAGAGAUAAGCGUCCCACCAAUCACAC